UAAAUUUCAUGGAAAAAAAAAACAACAAAAAAACAAAUUUGUAGUCUAUAAAAAUAUACUAUCAAAAAUUUGGAUGUGAAACAACUAGGCCUAUAACAAGAUGUCAAGAAGAGCUCGAGGUCGUUUUUCCAAUUUUUGCAACAAGGAUCUCAUAGUUUUGUUAGAUAUGGAUCAAGUUUUGGCUGAUUUUGAAGGCUACUUUUUGAAACGUUAUAAAGAAAGAUUUCCCAAUGAUCCAUUCAUCCCACUAGAAGAAAGAAAAGGAUUUUUUAUACGAGAUCAAUAUGCUAAACUAAGAGAUGAUCUACCAGAUAAAGUGCGAGCUGUAUAUAAUGAAGAAGGAUUUUUCCGUGAUUUACCUGAAAUAGAAGGAGCUGUAUCUGCUGCUUUAGAAAUGUCCAAAAUGGAAGGGUUAGAAGUGUUUUUAUGUUCUAGCCCUUUAACAGAGUAUCAAUACUGUUUAACAGAGAAGUUUGAGUGGAUAGAGAAACAUCUAGGACCAGAGUUUUUAGAUUAUGUUAUAUUAACUAAAGACAAAACUGUGAUUAAUGGUCACAUCCUAAUUGAUGACAGACCAAGAAUAAAAGGAAGUUGUAAAUCACCAAUAUGGGAACAUAUAGUAUUUAAUGCCUGUCAUAAUCUAACCUCAGAAGUAGAUGGAAAACGUAGAUUAAAUAACUGGACUGAUGGAAAAUGGAGAGAUAUAAUAGAAGAUUUUAAAAAGAGAAUUUGAUAGAUUUAGGACAUUCAAAAUUUGAAAAACUAUUGCCAUUCCACAUGUAGAAAAUGGUUAAAUUGAUGAAUUAAAAAAGAAUAUUUUAACGUUACUUUCACCAAUUGAAGCUAUUUUAUACCUGAAGGUUUUUUAGAUUGCUAUAUUGCUAAGUACUGUUUAUAAAGGGUAACAUAGAUUUAAUAUUCAUGCAAUGAAAUAAAAAGAAUGGAGUUUUAAGUCCUAUUUUUCUGUAAUAUUAAUGCAAGAAUUUAUAUAUAUAUAUGUUUGAUCAACUAUUUUGUUAUUUUUGAUAAAAAGAAUAUAUUUUUUUACUUGUUUUUGAUGACAUUAAAUGUAAUAUUUGGGUAUGACUGAGCUCAUUUGGAUCCUCAUUGAGUGAACUCAAGUUACACCAUCAGAAACAAGUUUUUAACAUGCUUAUCAUACAUAUUUAUCAACACCAAAAAAAAACACAUGUUACAUUGUAAAUAAAAGUAUAUUUAUUAGUAAUAAAAUGUAUCUAUUGCCAAGUUAAGAGUUAAUAAAUAAUGUUUAAUACAUAUUGAUGUUACUGAUAUUACAGAUAGUAGCCAAGAAUAUUUAGUAAAAUGAAACAAUAAAAACACCUACAUCCUAAGUUGGUAUGUUAUCUGCCUUACAUAUUUGGUGUGGUUGGAGGGAAGAAUGUCAGAUUAUUGCAUUAAAUCCAUAUUAUCCUUAUGACUACAUUAUUUAUGAUUUUAAAUUUUAUCUGAAACAACCCUUUUAAUAGUAAUACCCUAUAAAAAUCAAUGAAUGUAAGCAUUCUUAUUCACAUACAAUUAAAUAAUAGGACACAAUUUUUUACUGGUAGGCUAAUUUAAUCCUGUUUGGUUUUUAUAAUACAUAAUUCAAUAAUUUACAAUUACAUCAUCAGGUAUAAUUAUUAAUGACAAUGUAAAUAGUUGAAACCCAGUGGUAAUAUAUAUACCAUAAAAUUACGUUCCAUUAUUUAGCCUAUUGAAUGAUUAAUCACAUGAGAGAUAAUGUAGGUUAUCAUUUAAAUAAGUCAAGACAAAAUAUAAUUAUCAAAUACACAAAAAACAAGAAGUACAUCAUCCUCCUUCCAUCAACAUAAGAUGUUUUGGAUUUCAAAUUAUUUAGAUAAAUCAUUCUGAACACAAUAAUUGUACCUAGAUUUUGACAGAUAUUCUUUAAUAUAAAGGACAACAUAUGAAUAGAAUAUGGAUAAAUAUUGUAUAAAAUAUAAUUAGUUAUAAACAUAUAUCACUAUAAUUCUAUUAAAAUUAUGAAUUAUGACAAGAAUACAGAAAAAUGUUUGAACACAAGUCAAAGGCACAUCUUAUAUUGAACACAGCAAUGUAAAGUAGCUGUGGAUAAUCAACAUAAAUGUUUCCAUGCAGAAUAGGCAUAACUUUUUAACAUUUAUAUUUCUAUGCUUAUCUUUAAGAAUAACUUGAUAUUUGAGUUAAAUACACUUCCAUUAAAACAAUGUGAAAAGAAUACAAUGUAACUUGUAGAAUACUCAAUCAUCAAACUUGUAGAACAUUUAUAGAUCAAUCUUGUAGAAUAUUCAUACAUCAACUUGUAAUACAUUUAUAGAUCAAUCUUGUAGAAUAUUCAUACAUCAAACUUGUAGAACAUUUGUAGAUCAAUCUUGUAGAAUAUUCAUACAUCAACUUGUAGAAUAUUCAUACAUCAAACUUGUAGAAUAUUCAUACAUCAAACUUUUGUAGAAUAUUCAAACUUGUAGAAUAUUCAUACAUCAAACUUGUAGAGAUUCAUACAUCACAUUUCUUCAGAAAUCAAGAAAUCAAUGCAGAUGUAUAGGUAGUAAGUUAAUUGUCUCUUUAUAAAAUAAAUCAUAAUUUGUACACUAUAUUUCUAUAAAAAAAAACAAGCUCAAAUACAUUUUUGAAAUGGCCCAGAUCCAAACAUAAUACAUAUAGCUACAAUCCAUAAUUCAUCUCUUGAAAUCAAAGAGCUAUUGCUCUCUUCUCAAUUAGAAAGGACAGCUACAUCAGCUUAUUUCAAUAUCUUUUAU